AAAAAUAAUAUUAAAUUUUUGUAAUAAUUUUUGAAAAUAAAAGUAAAAAUUUUAUUGAAAGAAAAGCAAGUAUUAAAAAUAAAAUUAAAAAAAAAAUUAGUGUAAAAUUCUUGAAAGUGAAAAUUCACAAAAUAAAAAUUAAAAAAAAAAACAAACCAAAAAAAAUAAAACAAUUUAUAUAAUUAAAUUAAUUAUGUUGUUUGUAGUGAUCAAAAUAAGUUGAUGAAAAUGAAUUCAAAUGAGUAUAGUGGACCUGGUCCACCAUCUUCAUCAAAUUUAGUACAAAUUUUAACACAAUCACCUUUAUCAUCUUUAUUAAAUUCAUCAACAUCAGUAAUAUCGCCAUCAUCAUCAUUAUCAUCAUCGUCAUCAACAACAACAGCAACAACAAUAACAACAUCAAUAAUAUCAUCAACAAAUGUUAAUACAAUAUCACCAUCAACAUCAAUAAUAUCAGGAGUAAAAACAACAACAAACCAUAUGAUAUCACCUAAAAUUAAUGUAGUAUCAACAAUAACAACAACAACAACAACAACAACAACAUUACCAAUAAAUAUUAAAACUUCGUCAGCAUCAUCAUCAGCAUCAUUAUUAUCAUCAUCAAAAUCAUUAUUAACAACAAAUGCAACGGUAUGUUUAUCAACAUCGUCUCAAUUACCUCCAUCAAUAUUACAACAACCUCAAUUACAAUUGCAACAACAACAACAACAAACUGUUGUUAGAACAAUAUCAUCAGAUCGUUUAGUAACUGGACCAUCAUGUAGAGCAUUAAAAACAGCUGUAUCAGCUUUAUAUUCAGUAGAUGAUUUUAUAAAAGAAAAAAUUGGUUCAGGUUUUUUCUCUGAAGUUUAUAAGGUGACGCAUAGAACAACUGGUCAAGUUAUGGUACUAAAAAUGAAUCAACUGCGUUCAAAUCGACCAAAUAUGUUGCGUGAAGUUCAACUUUUAAAUAAAUUGUCCCAUCCAAAUAUAUUAAGAUUUAUGGGUGUUUGUGUACAAGAAGGGCAACUUCAUGCAUUGACUGAAUAUAUUGAAGGAGGUUCGCUAGAGCAAUUAUUAGCAAAUAAAAGUGAAACAUUAACUCCUGUCCUAAAAAUAAGACUGUCUAUUGGUAUAGCCAGAGGUAUGCAAUAUGUGCAUGAAGCUGGUUUAUUUCAUAGGGAUUUAACAAGCAAAAACGUUUUAAUAAGAAAAUUGCCUGAUGGUUUGAUGGAUGCUGUUGUUGGAGAUUUCGGUUUGGCCGCCAAAAUUCCGAAUAAAAGUGGAAAGGCACGUCUUGAUACAGUUGGAUCACCAUAUUGGAUGAGCCCAGAAUGUUUACGAGGAUUAUGGUACGAUCAAACCAGUGACGUAUUUUCUUAUGGCAUUGUUUUAUGUGAAAUUAUAGCAUGUAUCGAGGCUGACCCAGAUAUUAUGCCUAGAACCCAUUCAUUUGGUUUAGAUUAUUUAGCUUUCGUAGAAUUAUGUCCAGAAGACACACCACCUGCAUUUUUAAGACUGGCUUUUUAUUGUUGUAUUUAUGAUUCAAAAAAUCGACCUACAUUUAGUGAAAUUGUGAAAAAGUUAACAGCACUAACAGAUAAACUUUGCGAAAAUACAGAAAAUUAUUUAAAAUAUAAUGAAAGUAGUCCUAAUGAAAGUGAUUCAGAACCAUAUUUAUCAACUAAUACAAUCAUACCUCCAAAACGAUAUUCUAUGGAUGUAUCAUCAACAACAGGUUUAUUUAAAUUAUCCAUGAAAAAUGUUGAUAAAGACGACUCAGACAAUGAUUAUGACAUUGGAAGAGAAAAACUUAGAGUAAAAAAUGUCACAAAAACUUUGGAGGCAGAAUUGCAGCAUAGACGCUCGUUAAGUGAAAAUGUUAUCAAUUUUCCGUUACAUACGACACCCAGUGAUAAAGCUAGAUGUCAUCAGAUAUUAAGACCAAAAUCAUCUAACACAUCAAGUAAUAGUAACUCCCAAGAACUACCUAUAUUAAAAAAUAUUACGUUACGAAAAGUUGCCGAAACGAUGUGUUUGAAAGAUCCUCAAUAUAAACCUAUUAAAUUGGAUCAAAAUGGAGUUAAACUAAAUCCUUUUACAGCUUUGGCACAAUUAAAAGGUGUGAAAAAAAUUCUUGGAGAUCCACGAAGUUAUACAGCUUGCGCUGGUGAUUUAUUUAGUUCAUGUUUCGAAAUGUCAGCUCCAUUCUUUAAGGAACAUGCAAAUGUUGGUACGAAGCCAGCGAAACAGAUAGUGGAACCAAAAAGUCUCCCAACUUCGCCGAAUAUGGCAAGAAAAUUACAUCAAGCUUCUGAAUCUAAAUUCAAUGCUAAUACAAAUUCAAUAAAAGUUAACCCAGUUAUUAAUUUUGAAUCUGAUUUUCAAAUUACAAAUAAUACAUUAAUUGAUAGCAAGUGUGACAACAUUGAAAGUAAAUCCACCAAGAAAACAAAAUUAAAAAGUUUGUAUAUUCAUCCACUCUUUAAAAAUGAUGUAACGGAGAACAAACCUUCUUUUUUAAUAGAAAAUCAUACCGAUAAUUCUAAUGGGGUUAAGUUCAAACAGUUUAACUGCAGUGAUAGUAGUACAGAUAGUGUCGAUCUUAAAAAUGAAAAACUAAAUCGACGCGAUUCUAUGGAGAGUGGAGUAUUUUCUUGCUUUAAUGAAGAGUCUGAUACAUUAACAAAUUAUAAAUCGUCCAGAGCUUGCUUAUGUAAUUCAUUUGGAACCAAUAAGAUUCCAUCUAAUUUUGGAAGCUCUAUUGAAAAGUUUCAAAAAUGUUGCAAAUGGUGCUGUAAAGUGUCAAAUCUUGGCAAAGAUGAUACAGCAAUUCAUAGAAAUUUGGAAGAUUUAAAAAAUGAAAAUGAUAUUCAAAAUGAAAAUAUAAAUCUACUGCAAAGCUUUGAUGAUCUUGAUAUAGGUGAAACAAAAGAUGGUCAACAUCACUGUAUUCAUCAUAAUAAUUCGAACAAUAUUAAUCACCAUCAUUCACAUCAUCAUCAUACGUUAGAUUCAACAUCUGUUGAUAUGGGACUAAUAAAUCGCUUAGCAUUGGAUUCUGAAAUUAAUUCGUUAAUACAGAAAAGUCAAUUAGCUCACCAAUUAUUAUAUUGCAAAAAUCGAACUUCAUCCUUGUAUACCGACAGUUCUGAUGAUAUAAGUAGUUUAGCAGGUUCUGAUUCUUUAUUAUGGGAUUCAAGAUCUUUUGUACCGAAUGCAAAAUCAGCCCAAAUUGCAAAAAUCGUGGAAUAUUUUGAAAGAAAAUCCAUGCGUUCUGCUGGACGUUUUGUUAAUGAUACAUUACCGUUUAAGACACAUAAUACUUCGACAUCAGUAACUUCAGGCUCCGGUAUAAGUGGUGGUUCAUCAUCUUCAUCAAUAAGUGCCCAUGCAUUAGCUGCACUAGGUAACUGCUCUGAAUUUUCUAAUUUUAAUAUUGAAACGAAUUGUAGUAAUCGGCGUGGAUUUAGUAGCGGUAAUGAUUAUCAUAAUUCAAGUAAAAUAACUCCUCAAAGUGAUUACGAGCAAUUUUGUUUUGAAUUGGAACAACAACAACAAAAGCCUCCAACAAAAACAAUGCAAAGAUUAAAUAUAUGCGAAGGUGCUGUAAAAUCGAAAUUGCCAAUUUUUGACAAACCUAAGCAAAACUGCAAAAAGGAGUAAAAUAAUUUUAUUGAAAAAAAAUGCAGAUAUUUUUUUGUUGUAAUUUUCAAAAAAAAAGAAAAAAUAAAAAAAAUAUAUUAUUGAUGCGCAAUGAAUUAUAAGUAAAAAAUAACGGAUUUUGAAUAUUUUUGUUUUUUUUGGAAAAUCAUCCAUUAACCUAAAUGAAUUCGGUCUAAUUUACACCAAACUUUAUAAAUUAAUAAUAUUUAAAUGUACAAUUUAC